AUGGCUGCACCCGGCUGUGUCCUGUUCUGCCUUGGGCUGUGUCUGGUGCCGGACCGGGGGCAGCACGGCCCCCUCCCCAGGCCGGCCCUGCAGGCCCAGCCCAGCGCCCUGGUGCCCCUGGACACGCCGGUGACGCUGCGGUGCCGGGGGCCCCCGGGCGUGGACCUGUACCGCCUGGAGCAGCUGGGCACAAAGGAGUACAGUAACCAGGACGCCCUCAUCAUCCCGGCCAUGAGCAGGGCCUCCGCAGGCCGCUACCGCUGCUCCUACCAGAACGGGAGCCGCUGGUCGCCCCCGAGCGAGCACCUGGAGCUGGUGGCCACCGGAGUUUUUGCCAAGCCCCUGCUGAGUCCCAGCCCUGCGGUGUCCUUGGGAGGGGACGUGACCCUGCAGUGUCAGACCCAGUAUGGCUUCGACCGCUUUGCUCUGUACAAGGAGGGGCAGGCCGGGCUCCAGAAGCGGCCCGGGAAGUGGUACCAGGCCAACUUCCCCAUUGUCACGGUGACAGCCACCCACAGCGGGACCUACAGGUGCUACAGCUUCUCCAGUGCCUCGCCGCACCUGUGGUCGGCCCCCAGCGACCCCCUGGAGCUCACGGUCACAGGAAUAAGGCCGUGUGUCAGAUCCAGCUUCCAAAGAGCAGGCAACAAGCGAGCAACAAAGAGGAUCUUGAUUUCUACUUAA